GGCUCUCAGAAGCAGUAAUCAGAGAGUUUUCUAAACAAAAACUCGCGGCAACCAUGCGUGAGUACCAGGUGUUAGCCCUGGAGCUUGCCCCGGUGCUACGCCAAGCGCCGCCGUUUAUCGCCCAGGUGCAUCGCCUUCUCGGCAUUGUGGAGGUGUAUUCCCGUGAUGAUCUCAAGGCGGGGGCAUUAGAGUUUAUCCCGAUGGAACGGAUCUUGAAAAAUGCGUUAGAGCUCGAAAAAGCGUCGACAGCUUCGCUUGGGCACCAGGACUACGUCGUCAAGGCCUUGCUCGCGUGGUUUAAGAACGAUUUCUUUCAAUGGGUGAAUAAACCAGAGUGCCUCCUGUGCCACAACACUGACCAGGCCAAAAUUACAUCGUUAGGCGCGACCAAGUCUAGCGAAGAGGAGCACCGCCGUGCACAGGCCACGACUACCGAAAUUUACAAAUGCCAGCAAUGCCAUUCCACAUACAGAUAUCCCCGCAACAACGAUCCCUUGGUGGUGUUGGAGCAGCAUAAUGGGCGGUGUGGUGAGUGGUGCAACGGCUUUAUGGCGCUUUUGCACGCCAUGGAGAUUCCAGCCCGGUAUAUCUGGAACGCCGAGGACCAUGUGUGGUGUGAGUACUAUUCUGCUUCCCAGAAGCGAUGGAUCCAUCUUGACAGCUGCGAGAAUGCGUUUGAUGAGCCGUUGUUGUAUGCGCGGGGUUGGGGUAAAAAGAUGAGCUUUGUGUUUGCGGUCAGUGAGACUCUGAUUGUGGACGUCAGUGCAAAGUACAUUGACCCGGAACACCAGAUUCCGAAACAGUCAAAGUGCGAUGUGCGUUUGUUAGGCAAGUGCGUGAGAAUGUUCAAUGCCGGUAAAUGGCUUGCCUACAACGCGAAGCUAACUGAUUUGUUCCUUGACUAUGAGGAAGCGAGGCUCGACGAGUUCUACACAAAGGUGUUACGGCCUCAUUACGAAGAGGUGGCACAGUUGAAGGGUCCGUCAGUUGCGACAAAAACAGAGGAAUUGAAGCCAAGGGAGACCGGCGCAGGUGAGUGGACUGAGCUGAGGGGUGAGAGUGGGAAAUGACCGGCUCCCUGGACGAUGAGCAUCGACAAAGCGAAGGUGGGGGUAGUUAUAAAGGAGAGGGUCUCCUGGGGGCAGUUAUGGUUGGCUUUUCUUGUGUUCUUGGUAGCUGUUGGGAUGAAUUACGGUGUAGCAGUAUAAUGAAAUUCGGAUAGGUACGCAUCGUUCAUCUUGGUCAUUACAGGAUUCAUGGACACUACUGAGAAACGUAGACUUUACAAUGUGGACUUCAGCAGGUGGUUGUGUGCUGCCUGGGAAAGCAUUAGAAUCCAUACCAUUCCAGAAGCAAAAAAGAACCAAUGAAUAAGGGAUGUUGAAAUCUUAAUUUUAUAGUUUUGGUAACCUUGUAAUCCCCA